CACUCGGGACUGAGCCGGGCCUCGGGAAGGGCCCCGACCUGCACGGACCGCGAACAGGACGCGACCCAGAAGGGCACGGGUCGGCGGCCUCGCGUGCACCGAUGUCCCCAGAGGCCACGCGCAGGGUGAGGGAGGCCGGACGGAGCGGCGCGGCGCCCUGAAGCCUAGCUCCUCGCCUCCAAGGUAGGGAGGAGGAAGAUGCCCGAGCGAAGUUGAUCCCAGGGAGAAGGAGGCUGGGGUGCUCCCUCCCUACGCCGGACCUCAGCCGAGCGAGUUCGGCCUGACGUUCCUGCGCACCGGGCGUGCUCGGCAGCGCGGACCCGCGGACCCUAGGGAAAGCGCAGUUGGAAAGUUGGCGGCGGCGGUGCCCUGUGCGCCCUGUUGUGUAACCUCGGCGCCGCCAGCCGGACGGGGAAGUUGCCGGCCCGCCCAGCCGCCGGGUUCAGGCGCUGCCCCGGGCCGAUUUCAUGGCCCCGGGGGGACGCGCGGCUGCAGCCGGCGUGGGCGAGCCCCCGCGCGCACCCUUCUUCGGGGACCUCCCGCGCGCGAUCCCUUCCGCUCGCGGGCUUUGCCGAUGCUCCCUGCGCCCUUUGCCACCUCCGCCCUCUCGCCGCCGCUUCCCCCUCGAAGCUGCCGCCUAAGUCGGGGAGAAGAGAAUGACAGAGGUGCUGUGGCCGGCUGUCCCCAACGGGACGGACGCUGCCUUUCUGACCGACCCGGGCUCGCCUUGGGGAAACAGCACGGUCGCCUCCGUCGCCGCCGUCACCACCUCCUUUAAAUGUGCCCUGACCAAGACCGGCUUCCAGUUCUACUACCUGCCGGCUGUCUACAUCUUGGUGUUCAUCACUGGCUUCUUGGGCAACAGCGGGGCCAUCUGGAUGUUCGUGUUCCACAUGAAGCCGUGGAGUGGCAUCUCCGUGUACAUGUUCAACUUGGCGCUAGCCGACUUUCUGUACGUGCUGACUCUGCCCGCGCUCAUCUUCUACUACUUCAACAAGACCGACUGGAUCUUCGGGGAUGCCAUGUGCAAACUGCAGAGGUUCAUUUUCCACGUGAACCUUUAUGGCAGCAUCCUGUUCCUGACGUGCAUCAGCGCGCACAGGUACAGCGGCGUGGUGUACCCRCUCAAGUCCCUGGGCAGGCUCAAGAAGAAGAACGCCGUCUACAUCAGCGUGCUGGUGUGGCUCAUCGUGGUGGCCGCCAUCUCGCCCAUCCUCUUCUACUCYGGCACCGGGGUCCGGAAGAACAAAACCGUCACCUGCUAUGACACCACCUCCGAUGAGUACCUACGAAGUUACUUCAUUUACAGCAUGUGCACGACCGUGGCCAUGUUCUGUGUCCCGUUGGUGCUGAUCCUGGGCUGUUAUGGAUUAAUCGUGAGAGCUUUGAUUUACAAUGACCUGGACAACUCGCCUCUGAGGAGGAAAUCGAUUUACCUGGUGAUUAUCGUGCUCACCGUUUUUGCUGUGUCUUACAUCCCUUUCCAUGUGAUGAAGACGAUGAACUUGAGGGCCCGGCUGGAUUUUCAAACUCCAGAAAUGUGUGCUUUCAAUGACAGGGUGUAUGCCACUUAUCAGGUGACAAGAGGUCUAGCCAGUCUCAACAGCUGUGUGGACCCCAUCCUCUAUUUCUUGGCUGGAGAUACUUUCAGAAGGAGGCUCUCCCGAGCGACCAGGAAAGCUUCCAGAAGAAGUGAGGCAAAUUUGCAAUCCAAGAGCGAGGACAUGACCCUCAAUAUUUUAUCGGAGUUCAAGCAAAAUGGAGAUACGAGCCUGUGAAGGCAUCAGAAUCCCCAAACACCUCACUUUUGUAACAUGGCCAACAGAAGUCUCUGGGAAGAUCUGUCCUAAUGGUGAAAAAUAUACAGAGGGUCAGGAUGAAGCAGUGAUCUAUUGGCUGAAAAGCUGAUUCAUGCCACAUGAGGAAAUGAGUAAGUAUUUGAAUAGUAGAGGCAGCAAUCCGUUGGCAUUUGGAUGAAAGAGCUGCUAAAAUUAAGAACUUAGCAGUUAACUAAGUUUUACAAAAAUAUUUUAAUGCCACCAUCAAGUAUUCUUAUUGAUUGUAUAAAUGGGUACCUUUGACUCUUUGAACAUCAAUUUGUAUUUACAUUGAAAUAGAAAGAUAAGCUAAGAAGAAAUGUAGCCUGCAAGUCAGAAUUCAGAGUUAAGCCCAUAAAGUUGCCGCUGGGCCAGUUGUGGGACUCUUGACCCUUUGAAGACCAUUCUUCGUGGAUUAGAAAGGAUUUUCUGACAUCAUUUGCUGAUGCUGUAAGGGAUUUGGUAAAGCUUGAAAACUGGACAGUGCAAGAAAUCUGCUACUGUGUUUUCUAGGACUCUGCAGUCCAAUGCUGGACUCACAAGUUUACAAGGUCCAGAGGUUGUGAUGGGCAGGUCAUACCCUGCGAGUCUUCUCUGUCUUCUCAGACAGGACACUGAUUGAUAACCUUUGGAUACAUCAGAUAUCAGUGCUUACAGCAGCUGCGCUUCAACUAGUGACAGUACUUAAACAUGAUCCUAGUUAGAUCUACUGAAGCUUCAGCAUUGCUGAUUAAAUCAUGCCUAUCGUAAUAGUAUUUAUUGAGGAAGCUCACAGUCCUUCAUUUGUACAGACUGGAAAACUUCUUGAAAGAUCCAAUAUCGUGAUGUAAAUGGUAUUUAUUACAAUGUAUAUUAUUAUGUCACACUGGUGUACUUAACAUAAUAUAUGAUGCAUAGACACAAUGACAAUUAUAUAUUACGAUGCUCUUUUCGAAUAGCAGUAUCUUGAAAUGUUCGUCUUUGGUUUUCUGUGUGUCUAAAAUAUGAAAAUCUGUUUCGAAAUGCAAGUGACUAAUUUUCCCUUUAAAUGGAUUUGUGUGUUUGCCUUUUCAGAGUUCUUCUGUGUAGACACAAUCUGGUGUCAGAUUAUCAUAAAAUCAAUAGUCAAAAUAGGAAGUACUUUAGCCAGACUGGCUCUGUCUAUCUACAUUUUAUAUAUAUUAUAGAAAAAUACAUGUUGUCUUUUCAGGAGAUUUAGAAUUUUGCUCCCCACUGUGAUCAGAGUUUCCACUCCCAAAGGCAAAAAGCUUCUCGUACAUCAAGUUGGUCACUUCUGUGUUUGUCUUUUGGAAUGUGCAUUAUAAGACCAACAUUUGACUUAAUAUUGACAGGCCUCAGGGAGAUGGGAGGAAAAAAAAUCAGCUGAUAUUAUCACCUGUUAUUGCUUAGUACUGAAGAUUCUGCAUUGUGUUUCUUCUUAAAGUGAAAUUGUAUAAUCUUAAUUUCUUUGAGAUGGAGUUUUUAAGUAACACUAUCAGCAAGUUCAACAUUGCUAUUGAUUUUAAUGUCUUAAUUGUUCAGUGGGUAGCUUUAAUGGCAGGAUUUGGAGACUCAUUCUCUUUUUGGGCUGCUGAUUUCUGUGACAGUUUCAUAUUCUCAUGUACCUUGUAGCGUACACAGCACACAUUAACAUGAAGGUGAAUAUGUUACAUAUCAAGCUUUGUGAAUUUGAAUUAUGUUUUAGUGUUUUUGCAAAAAUGUUUAUUUUUAUAUUAUCUGUGAUUUUAAUAUAGAGAAUUGAACAAAAUUUCUUUGUGAUUAAUAGUGCCAUUGAAUGGGUGAUAUGAAACAGUGUUACUUGACAUUUUGAGCCUUCUCAGGUUUAUCUCAAUAGGCUUAACGAUAUCCAGACUAAUUGUGCAUAAUUGUGUUUUUAAUAAAAGGAGUGUAUAUUUCCUAUAAUAGCAUAGUACUGUUGCAUGCAGGAGUAUGCAGAAUCUGUGUGUGUAUGUGUGUGUGUGUGUGUGUGUGUGUGUGUGUGUGUGUGUGUGGCUAAGGCAUGACAGCCAACUUUGUACCUACUAUUUAUAGCAGCAGCAGAGGUUCAUAAUGAGAGUCACUAGAAUUGUACUCACCAUAGACAAUUAAAACUGAAAAAGACUCAAUAAAACCAUAAAACGUG